AUGCUUCCUAAUAGACGCCUCCGGGCCAGGCCGCGCCUCGACCCAGUCACCGGCGUGGUCGUCCACCCGAACGACAGGUUGAUGCACCUCAGUGCAGAGCUCCUCAACAUGAUAGUCGGCUGGCUGGACGACGCAAGUGUCGACAGGCUCAUGCAGACCAGCAAAUCGCUCCAGCAACUCGUAGGGCCGCGGGCCUGGGAAAAGGUCGAAGUCUCGUGCACGGACGAGGCCGAGGCGGCCGACCUGGUUUGGCGGCUCGAGGUCUGCAUGACCGGCAGGCAAAAGAGAUCGCUCAUCGAGCGCAACUUCUAUGCUGCGCAAGACGUGGUCGACGGCAACGUCAUACCGCACUGCGCGAGAUAUGUGCGUCGGUACAUCAUCAACGGGAGCGAUGACGAUCGCUUGCACAAUGAGAAAUUAUGCAGCCAUUGGCUCAGGUUUUCGUUGAGUAAUUUUAGAAACGUUGAGGUUUUGGAGACCAGUUGUCUAGAUCGGCCAGUAGCAGACAGAAUAGUAACCCGCAGGCGAUUGAAAGCACUAUCUCUUGUGAACUGCUAUGGCCUCAGAAAGAUACCGGUUGUGAUGAGCCAAAUGACCGGGCUUGAACAUCUCUGCUUUUACAAUGUAGAGUGCGCCAGGUUUGGACAGGACGACGGGGAGACCCUGAGGAUGCUGCGCGGCUCGGCCACGACGCUGCGCAGCUUGGAGCUGUUCCACUAUCACGAGAAAUGCAGCCUAGCGGCCGAGGUCAAGAUGGACGACAUCGACUUCCAGCUCGCGGCCCUCGAGUUUCUAAUCAUGUGCAGGUUCUGCCUGCGAGAGGCCAAGGCCAUGCUCCGCGUGGUCGACUUCCCCUCCCUGACGGAGCUGCACAUCUACCAGCCCGCCGAGGAACUCUUCAAAUUCUUCGAGGCCCUGCAGACCGAAUUCUACGGAGCCGAGCAGCCGAGGCUGCGGUCGGUGGAGCUCGACCUGAACCACCCCGGCAGCAUACAAAUGUUCAACGCCCAGCGGAGCUGGCUCCGCUCCUUCACCACGCUCACGUCCCUGAGGCUGGACCGGUGGGACUCGAACAUGGGCAACUUUUCGCUGCUCGCGUCGGCCGUCGCCGGGCACCAAGGCCUGCGCAAGCUCGUCUUUUCGCACCGCGACGGGCAGAGCGGCCAUGCGCGUUUCGGCAUACCCGUGCUCACCACGCACGUGGUCGGCAUCCUGGCCCGGAACCUGCCGGAGCUGCGGUGGCUCGAGUUUGCGCCCGACCAGGACGACCUAUUCGAGACGGCCCGCGAGCUUUCCGCCCUCUCGCAGCUGGAGUUUCUGCGCUGCAGACACACAAAACCGGAAGACUAUGAGUUCGUCCUCAAAAUGUUCACCCCGAUCCUCAGGGGCUUCCUCCGCCAGAUGCAGCCGGGCGAGACGUGGGAGGGAAGAUAUAGUCUGUGUUUGGUGCAGGGCGAGACGGACCAAGUCAAAUACGACGUCGCCUCUCGGUUGCCAGAGGCUUGGGGCGGGAAGAGGAUAAUUGUGGAUGCCGAAACGAGAAGGUCCGUCAGGAUACGGAAGGCCGCUAAAAUUGAUCCGCGUCUGGAAGAAGAAGAUUCAGAUCCUGUGUGGGUCGACAAGAUCGGAAGGGACUUGAAGUUGAUUGAUUGA